UUGUGUUUCAGAAGGUGUUGCUACUCAAAGUAAAAAUAUUGAACGUUGAAGGAAUUGUCAACAUCAGUCCUCAGUGGGAAGGCUGGUGUGAAAAAAAAAAGUACAUUGAAUCGAAACCAAAUUGGAAAAGGAUCACGACAUUCAGUCUUGUAGAAAUCUACAACACUUGUGGAACAGAUCAAGUCAGUCUAAACUGGGAAGACCCAGGUGGCAAGAACUUUAUUCCAAUCCGUAACAUCCUAUUUAACACCUUCUGAAUCUGGAUCCAAACCCGAUUGCGCAUUUGGCCCGUGUAAGCUCAACAUGGAAAAGUCCUAUUUCACAUUGUUGCAUGUUUCAAAGGCUAUUGUAUGAGAUUUAUACGUAUUACUCCGAGCUAGCUGUCCCACAAAUUUUGUGAAUCUGGAUCCUAUCCAGAGUGGCCAAAUAGCAACAAUGUAAACGGGGAUAAGCCUUUUCAACAUCUUCAAAUGUGGACGGGUCUACACAAGUCUAAAAUAUUUUGCGUUUAAGUGCCCUUCAUCCAAAUCCAUUCCAGAUUGCUCGAGUAGCAACAAUGCUACUCCUAAUUCAAUUCUAAUUAACAUAUCCGAUAUUAAGAAGGGAUAUAGUUGGUAAGGUAACUCCCACCUGCUCUGAAAUCAGGCCCGAUCCAGACUGAGCGUCAAUUCAACAGGGGAAAUCAUGUUUAACAUUCACAUGCUUGUGUCUACUAGAUUGCAUAGAUAUUUUCCCCCCACACGUGAUCUGAAUUUCAAUGCGAACCAGAUCAUUUUGUAAACUCAAACCUCAAUGUGUGUCGGAUGAGGUCGCGACUGUGCUCGUGUACGACCUCAAUAGACAAAGGAAACAAUGUGGAAUAAGGUCGUGGUGUCGCUAUGUUUUUAGCCCCGACGCAGACUUGCUUUUUGGCUUUAUUGUUGUUGCUGCAAGCCUCCUCCUCAGCGAGUAACAAAUCGGUUUGGGUGGAAUAGAGUAAUGUGCAAAUCCAGCCCGCGCGGACCGACAGCUAAUCAAUAGCUAGCGGUGGCCUCUGUAUGGAUCCUCUGCUGGCUUUCGAGCCCGUUUGGAGUCAACUGGUGCCAUUCGCACAUACAUCAACUUGUUAAGAGUACAAACAUAAGCUAGGAAGGAAGCUGAAUUAGCGCCGAUUAGCAACGCUAAAAGUUGCAAGCGCUUGAUGACAAUCUGGUCCGUGACGUCUUUUGACUGACUUACACUCCACAUGAAGCGGCCUCAUCGCCAUCACAAAUACGCAAGGGCUUACUUGGAAGCGGGGUGUGUUCAAAAUAACCUCAAUGAGCCCCAUCAAGUCUCCACGCUCACAAUAAUCACACAGCAAUCAUCUCCGGUUCAGUUCCGUUGCUUUGUGAACAUAUUGUUGACAAGGGCUUGUUUACUCCCACGACAUAAUCAUCAUCGCCAAACAUCAUAGCCCUGUCGGCCUUUAUGAGAUAGGAAAGUUGCCAUCGACAAAGGCAGGAAAGUCUGGAAUUUGUCCGGAUCAGAGAGAGAGAGAGAGAAAGCGAGAGAGAAAAAAAAAUACACAACUCAUCAGGAAGCAAUGCGGUGACCCGAUCGCGUCAAAGAAGUCUCGUUCCGGCGGGCAACAGUGUGACGCAGAGUCACGCCAAAUGGAGAGUAAAAUUAAGCUGCCAAUACGCUCCUGCCUGUCCAAUCUGCAACUGCAACACUUCCGGGAGAGUUACCGGGUGGGAAAUCGCCGACAUCACGUGAUUUGCAUCCGUGACGGCUGGCUGGAUUUCUGCCUGACAUGUGUGGAGGAGACGCAACGUCAACUAUUCGGCGUUAAUUCCAAGACUCGAUCGAGAGACUCAAAAGCACAGAGGAUGUCCGGAGGAAAGGAGGCAAAGGGUUUCCUGAAAGGAGGCGAGGAGGAGGCGCAAGACGGAAAAGAAGACGAGAGACAUUGCGACGGGAUGGAGAAAAGAGGAAAUCUGGAGGGGGCGGGGGAGAAAGACCGGGACGAUAAGGAGAACAAAGUGAGUGAUCGGGAGGAGGAGAAAAAGAGCGACGGCGAGGAAAGGGAGAAUCACCGAGGGGAGCAAAUUGAGCGGGUGAAGGAGAAGAAAGUGAAGCGGAAGGAGGACCGGGAGCGGGAGAGUAACCCGGCCGAGGACCAGAACAACCGCAAAGUGGAGGAGGAGAAAAGCAUCCAUCACGCUGAGAAGGAGAAAGAGGGAGUUGAGGGUGACCACGUGGUGGAGGAUGCGAGCGGCCAUGUUGACGAAAAGACGAUCAACCGGGAGGCAGGUGAGAAAAUGAAAGAGGAGCUUCGCUGGGUGAAGGAGGAGGAGGAGGAGCUGGAGACCGACCUUGAAAACCACUCAAGAAACGCCAACCGGGAGGAGAAAUGGAAUGAGCAAGAAGAAAAGACCGACUUGCUGAAAGGGGAGGAAGGGAGCCUUCAUAAGGAGGAGGAGGAACGGAAAGACCGGCAGGUGGAAGAGAAGAAAGAAAGUGACGACGAAGAGGAGGAGAGAAGAAACCAGCAGAUGUCCGAGCAGGAGGAAGAGGAAACGAGGAGGUGCCAUGAGGAGGAACCGAGUGACCAAGAGGAGGAAACCAACUCGGGGGAGGAGAAAGGCCGUCAUCGUGAAGCUGAGGAGAAAACGAGUGACCCAGUGAAGGAGGAGGAGGAGAAGAAUGUGACUGGGAACGAGGGAGAGAAAACGAGCGACCGGGAGGAAGCGGUGGAGAAAAAAACAAAUCGGGAGGAGGAGAAAAGACGUGAUGACAAAGAGAAGCAGACUGAGCGUCUGGAGGAGAAGACGGACGGUGACCACAAUGAAGAGGAGACAAUCCGUGAGCAGGAGGAGGCCAAUCGUCAUAAAGAGAAGACGGACCAGACAGAGGAGAAAAGAAAUGAUCGGGGGAGGGUCAAUGAGGAGACGGGUGACCAGGCGGAGGAGCUGAAGAACGAGAGAAAUCGUGACGUGGAGGACCAACGGGGUGACCAACGCACGGAGGUGAAAGGAACUGAGCAACAACAAGAGAGAGAGAAUGAUCAGGAGCAAGUCGAGGAGGAAGCAAACGGCAAAGAGCAGCAGGAGACUUGCUGGUUGACACAGAAGAAAAACGGCAAGCGGGCCGAGGAGGCCGACCAUCACCAAGAUGAAGAGAAGAUGAAUGAGCAGGAGGAGGAGGAGCUUGACCGGGUGGAGGAGGACAAAGGUGACCGGGAAGAGGGGCCGGAGAAAGAGAGGGAUCAGGAUCAAGUGGGUGAGAUGAUCCAAAGCUCCCUGGAGGAGGAGGCCGAACAGGAAGGGGAGCGAGAGGAAAAACGGUCUGAUCGCGAAGAAGAGAAGAAAGACCAGGAGGAGGAAAGAAGGAAGGACCAAGACGAGGAGGAGAGUGACUUGCUAAAGGAAGAGGAAAGGAAGGGUGACAGUCAAGAGGAGAAAAGGGCCGACCAGGAGAAGAAGGAAGGAGGCCAUUAUUUCGGGGAGAACAAGAACGAGCCGCAGGGCGACGAUGGGACUCGCGUAGAAGAAACGAGCCCGGAGGCGGCGAUCGGCCGGGCGACGGACGACAAAGCGGGCGAUGGCGGUGAGGAGAUGAAGGAGGAGCGGCAAAGUCGUCCCGAAGACCAGAAGAAGAAGAAGAAUGAAUGGGAGGAUGUGAAAAGAACGGGUUGCGAGGAGGACGAGGAGGAGAUUGACUGGGUGAAGGAAGAGGAAAAGGGAAACCCGCAGGAGGGGGGCGGUGAUCGCCUAAAGCCCAAAAAGAGCAACCCCGAAGACGACGAAAGGAAAGACCAAGACCGGAUUGAUCAGAUGGAGGAGGAGAAAAGGAGCGAGGAGAUAAAAAACGGCAAAAGAGAUGAAAGGAAAAGGAUCGAGCGGGAAGAGACGAUUGACUGGGGGGAGGCGGAGAACGCAAGUGACGGCGGGGGGGCGGAGAAAUGUGACGAGCGCCAGGCAAAAGUCAGCCACUGCAAAGGAGAGGGCGAAAAGGGCAACUCUGAGGCGGAGGAAAAACGCGGCGGCCACCGAGAGGAGCAAACCCGCCGCAUGACGCAGGAGCAGGCGCGUGAUGGCGGCAACCGAAAGAAGAAGCCACAGGAGGAAGAGUCUUCUCGCAAAGACGGCGAGGGGAAGAGCGACCGGGAGGAGGAGAAAUGGGAUGGCCGAGAGGAGAAUCUGGACGGCCCGACGGAAGAGGAGGAGAUGCAACGUGAGGAGGAGGAGACGAGUGAAGAGCAGGAGGAGGAUGAGGAGGAGGGAAGGAACGACGACGAUGAAGAGGAGGAAAAGUACGAAGAGAAAGCUGCUGAUGGUGAAGAGGAGAAAAGGAGCCGCCGGGAGGAGGACAAAAGCAACAAGGGCACUGCCAAGGAGGAGAGGAGCCAGAAGAAGGUACCGCGGAGGGGCAGCUAUGAGAAGGGGGAGCAAAGAAGGAGCCUCCGAGAGGCGCAGAUCAACUCGAUCCGGGAGGAGGACGAAGGCCAUCGCGAAGAUGGCGAGAUGAACCAGCGCAAGGAGGCGGAGCCAGGGAACCACCGGCCGCAGGAAGCUGGCGGGUGGAGGGAAGGCAAAGGGACUGAAGGUGUUGAGGGGAACAGGGUUGAGCGGGAAGAGGAGCAGCAGCAGCAGCAGGAGGAGGAGGGGGAGAACGGGGGUGAUGAUCGGGCAGGCAGCGGGGAGGAGGAGGAGAAGAUGAAGAUGAGGCAGGAGGACUGGAUGAAAGAUGAGAAUGAGGGAGGGGCUGUUCAUGCGGUGCAGGAGAAAAUGGCUGAGCAGGAACAGGAACAAGAGGAGGAAGGAGAAGAGGACAAGAGAAGCCAUCAUAAUUCGCAGAAACGGGAAGACCCAACGCAGGAUGCCCAGUGGAUGGGGGAGGAGAAAGAAGAGGAGAAAAGGAAGGAGGAGAGGACUCAUCCAAAGCACGACCGGGAGGGAGGGGGGGAGGAAAGGUCUUCUGAGGAGGAAGGAAAGGCGGACCGAGAUGAGGAACAGGAAAACCAGAAGGAGGAGUCGGAGAAAGAUGAGGAGGAAAAAGAGGCUGACCAGGGAGGGGGGAGGUGCCAGGAGGAGGAGCGACCGAGCUCCCGGGGGGAGAACGGGAAUUCCCACGAGGAGGACCAAGAGGAAAAGAGUGACCCGGAAGAGAGUCGCCCGGAGGAGAAAAAGGACGAGGAGAAAGAAAACGGCGGGGGUGAGAGCAACCCGGCGGGCGAGGCGGGGGAGGCGGAGCACACUGAGGAAGAGAGCGACCGGGGGGAGGAGAGAGGCAGCGACGAUGGCGAGGAGGGGAAAGAAAGUGACAACGAGGAGGAGAGCGACCGGGAUGACGAGGAGGAGGACAGCGACGACGAUGACGACGAAGCCGAAGACGACACUGAGGAGGAAGAGGAGGAGACCGACAAGGACGACGAAGACGACGACGACGACGAGAGCGACAGCGAAAGCGAAAGCGAUCCCGAGCGGGAAAGCGGCAGUGACGAGGACGACGGCAAUCAGGAGGGAGGGGAAGACGGCGGCCAAGAGAAGAAGAAAGAGGAGGAGGAAGGGGGGGAGGGGGCCACAGACGGGAAGGAUCGGGUGGGGGGCCCCGAGUCGGCGGCGGAAGACCCGUCCGAGGCGAUGGAUGUCGACGAGGGUUGCGCCGCGGUGAGACAAAGCAACACCAAAGCCAUGGGCGACCACGACAAGGAAAGCGACUUCGACGAGGUGCCCCCCAGCCGUUGGAACGAGGCGGCCAGGAGGCUUUGGGCGGAAAGGUGGAUGAGGGUGAGGAGGGAGAACGGCAGGCGGUGGGUGGUCAUGAGGGGGAGGAGGUACAGAGCCAUGAGGCGGCGCUGGAUGACCACCAGGAGGAGGAAGCGAGCAAAGAGAAGUUUGGUGGCCAUCAGGAGGAGGAUCGGCAGAGCCACGGUGAUCCCCGACGCCGGUCGGCCGGGAAGAUCCGAGUGGCCGGGGGGGGAACCUGGCAAGUGUGCGUAAUGAUGGGAUGAGGAGGAGGAAAAAGACCGAUCACGGGGUCAAAGGUGACCAGCCGGA